AGCACACUGGCCGCCGAAGAAUAAUUGCUCUAGAAAUAGUUGUAUAAUAGCGAAAUGCAAAACGCAAACCUUUUUUUGUCGCCGCUUUGAAAGAAGAUCUAGCAAUUAUUCAAGGCUGCUAUAAAUCGAUAACUUCCCGCACAUCAUGUAGUCUCUAUAAAGUCGCCCGGAAUUGGUAGAAUGUCCCCGAGUAUUUAUCAAACAGAAGGACGACAAACGUACGUCUAAGCACUGUACUGACCUGUAGACACGUAUCGAAACAGAAAAUAGGAAAUUGCAAGGAAAUAAUGAACGCCCAGCUCAAGGCAGAUGAACAAGGGCGAUGUCUCAACGUUUGUUUUCCGUGACACUAAGCCCACUCUAUUCUUCUCACCACAAUUACAACAAUACCGGUGUUAAAGCGAAAGCUCGCCUGCUAAUUUCGCUAAUGUUAGCGAAAGCGCGCCUGCGAAUUUCGCUAAUGUCAAAGGGUUGAGCAUACAGUUCUAUGAUUGCAGUAAUUUAAAAGCUUUUACUCUUGGCAGGAACUAGUUUAUUUACUUAUUAUUUUUGUCGAUGAUCUCUUGUCCAUAGUGUACCUUAGUCAGUGACUUCAUUUGGUGCACGCGUAACGUACUCCGCCUGACUGGGCUGUGGUCACUGAACCGCUUCCCCGAGUCACGAACGCUGAUUGGACGGGAUCUCGUCCUAACCACAGGAUAACAUACGUAAGGUCUAUAACGAUGGUUACUACUAGCAACCGACGCGCUAAAUACAAAAUAUAUUAUAACCACGCGACAGGAAACAAACAAUAGCGUCACACAACGACCCGGUGAACUCGGCUUACACACGGCCACCUGCCUUCAGUUGUUAGUUGAGGCGUCGUGAAAACACACGCUUCUUACCUUGGCUUUUAUUUGAGGCUUAACUCGUCCAUCUAGAAACAUGGGAGCCGCUCUAUCUAUUAACCGAAAGGAAUUAUUCCGGGAUUGCUCAAUAUGGAACAUCAAACCAAGAGAAAACGCAAAGACUUUCUACUGCAAGUGCUGCUAUCAUGUAAGCGGCGAAUGCAACAAGGAAAACAAAGUGACAAGCUUUAUUUCGUGCGACGGCCUUGCGGCAUAUCUGCAAAAAUGUGCGAGCGUCGGGAAAAAGAAGAUGCGUUCAAAAAUCGAGCCCGUGGUUGCUGGAAAUAAAUACAUAACUAGGGACUCUAAAGAAAAGGGAGGCGAUGAUCUGAAGGCAAAAAUAACAGUUAAAACCGAGCGCUCGGAAGAUCUCCAACAUAAAUCCAAAUCCACCGAGCGUGCGUGUAGCGCGCUGAAUGAAAACCAAGCGCCGAGUGCAACAAAACCGCCUCAGAAGUCUAGUUCGUCCUUCACCCUCAGUAGCGAUGCCCUAAAAUGUGUUGGUAAUUUUGUCAAAUCUCGCUGCAAGAGUUUAAAUCGGUUGCGAGCUUCAGAGGUUGUUUUAUGGAUGCGCGGAGUUGAUAGGGCGUUGUUGUUACAGGGCUGGCAAGAUCAAGCGUUUCUCACUCCACCGAAUUUAGUCUUUCUUUACAUGCUUCUCAAGGAUUCACUCACCGAGAAGUGCACUAGCGUAGCUCAAGCACGAGCUGAGGUUUUGACAUGCUUGUACAUGGCGUACACGUAUAGCGGCCCGGAGAUCAGCUAUCCUUUAAAACCUUUUCUUGUCGACGGCAACCGCGAUGCUUUCUGGGACAGAUGUGUUAGUAUCACAAACAAUCUAAGCGGUAAAAUGCUCAAAACGAACAGGGACCCGAGGUAUUUUGGGGAAUUAUUAGUAGAACUCAAACAGUUCAGUCCUGUUGUUGAUAGAAGGGAUGGAUGAUUGUCAAAGAAAACAGGAGAAGGGCCUCUUUUUUAAUUAAGCAGACGCAUAUACAGAGGAAUUAAUGCAGGCAGAGUCUAGAAAGACGUAGAAAGCCUCUAUUAGGUUUACAAUGAGAACAGCUAUUUGAAAGCAAAAGUGAAAUACCGGAAUUCAUGAGUAAUCAAGUGUUUUAUUUUAGAAAUGGUAAAGAAUUGGGCUAGUGCGACAAAAAACAUGGGAUUUCGUGCUGUAUUCGGCGUCGAUUAAGUAUUGGGCACAGGUGUUGAAAAGCUCAUGUUUUAUGUAACUCGGUCAAAGACUGAGAGAGCUGAAUACGACGAGAUGCUUCAACAUGAUAUGUUUAGUAUAUUUUUUUCGUUUAAACCUUUUUAUAUGGAAAUAUGAAUAGUACCCUCUUUUGGGAAUAUGUAAAUAUGUAGAAACUAUAACCGGAUAAGGCUAUAUCUAAAUAACAAAUAACUGUACAGUGGAAUUAUUCAAGAAUUGUGAAAAUGGAGGUAUUAUUCUAAUGUGCUUCCUGAAGAGAAGUCGACAGAGGAAGCGCGUAAAAGUGAGUGUGAAAUAAACGUGUCAUUUUUUAACUUAAAAGAAAGCUAUUAAAAAUAUUCUAAUUCCG